GGUCAGCAGGAAGAUGACUCUACCACGGAAGACCUGAAUUCCUGGACGCAUUUGCCCUCAUCCAGUCAGGAAACGGCACAUAGAUCAGUGACUAAUGAGUGAGAAUGAACACGGUAUGUGGACAGCCGAUGACGCCUACCUUAGCGAUGAUGAGCUUGCAGGGCCGUCGCAAGCUGUACCCCCGACUGGGCAUGGUAUACAGAUUAUUUCUGAAAGGGAUUUAGCUCAGUUGGCUCUGAUUCGGCCAUUAAAAUUCGGUUUUCAAGAGCAAUCAGACAUCAAGAAUGAUUUUAAAAUACUUCAGAAAAGGAUAGAAGGACAAGAAAUCAUUCAGGAGUACAUGGCUUUGGACAAUAAGAAUAUGCAUUAUGAGUUCAACUGUGGGACUGAAUCAUGCAACAGAGACAAAAACAGAUAUCGAGACAUCCUUCCAUAUGAUUCAACACGUGUUCCUCUUGGAGAAAACAAGGACUACAUUAAUGCUAGUCAUAUUAGGAUAACCAAUUCUGGAGAAGAGUAUUUCUAUAUCGCUACCCAAGGGCCACUGCCAAGUACCACAGAUGACUUUUGGCAAAUGAUUUUGGAAAAUAACUCUAAUGUUAUUGUCAUGAUAACCAGAGAGAUAGAAGCUGGAGUUCCCAAAUGCCAUCAUUACUGGCCCAUUUCUACGAAGAAGCCUUUGGAACUGAAACACUGUCGUAUCUUCCUGGAGAACUACCAGAUACUUCCAUAUUUCACCAUUCGAAUAUUUCAAGUUGUGAGGAAGUCUACAGGAACUAGGCACUUUAUAAAACAGUUGCAGUUCACCAACUGGCCAGACCACGGCACUCCUGCACCACCAGAGUGUUUCAUACAGUAUGUCCGCUAUGUGAGGAGCAGCCACCUGACAGGACCCAUCGUGGUUCACUGCAGCGCAGGAGUGGGCCGGACCGGGGUGUUCAUCUGUAUGGACGUGGUGUUCUGCGCCAUUGAAAAGAACUUUGCAUUCAACAUCAAAGAUAUCGUGGCCCAAAUGAGAGCACAACGUUAUGGCAUGAUUCAAACAAAGGAGCAGUAUUGGUUUUGUUAUAAAAUUGUGCUUGAAGUUCUUCGGAAGCUUGCGACUUUGGAUUUAGAAAGACUGAAGUUGCAUCACACUUGACAUACCAGGUGGCCUGGAGCUUCCUCAGACAGAGCAUGACAGGUUGUGCUGAAGGAAGGGCUCUGCUGUGCGCACAAUGUGCUCUCUCGGUGUAUCAUUUGAUUUCCUUUCUGACAACUCCUGAAGGCAGCAUUCUUUGGUUUGGGGUGAAUAGUGUCUAGCCACUGACUUUACUUAGAUAAUAUCAAAAUACCCUCCCACAUUUUUCAAUGAAAUAAAAAGUUUCUUAAAACAACUGCAGCCUAUUUGGUUGAAGGGAUUACAGAGCCCAAUAAAGGACUUAAACUAUAUUCAUUAAGAUUUUAUCUGGAAAGAUAAUUAAAGGGAGCUGAGGAUUUCCCAGACCUUAGGAAGCUCUGAUUCUGGGAGGACCUAGAACCAGUAAACUGACUUCUUACAGGCAUUUUCAAGACAGAUACUUAUCCAUGGUUAUUAGCUAGAAUCUAUACUGUUAGCUGGCAUUUGAAUAACUCAGUUCACAGAAGAUUCCUAUUAGGAUGGUUUAAUGUGUUAUGCAAAUUGGACUCCAUUUUUCUGUACCUCCAAGUCCCAUGGAGCCCCAGGGAGCUCAGAGGACCAGCUGCCUUUCUAGAACCACUGGACAAAGACCUGUUGGUGUGGGGAGCUUUUUGUGGGUGGGCAGACUUCCUCCCUCCAUCACAUGAGCACACUGAGGAACAGUCCAAAACUAAAAUAGCUGUUUAUAGAGAAGGUCCAAGAGGAAACUUUUGCCUGGCUUGAGUUCUUUCCUAUCCCACCCUAACACUUAACAUAUUACUCAGUUUGCUUUGUUGAAAGCAAAUAUUACAUUCUACUUGCUUUUUAGUUUUUGCGCUUUAGCUAACUAAUAGGCUUUGAUAUAAGCAUUAUUAUGUAAUUUUGAAUCUCUUAUGCCAGAUAUAUUUUUCAAACUAAGAUCUAGGAUAGUUAUUUUUUUCUUCAGA